UUGUAUUCAACUUCCUUAAGGUUGAUAAUACUUCUCUUUUGAUCAAUCCCGAUAUAGAAGUUUCUGGUCAUCUCUGUUUAAGCUAUUUGGUUAUGUCUUGUUGACUUUGGAAUUCCAUUCAAAUUGGUAUUGUAUUCAUGACCAGGACACUGACUCAAAGCGUUGGACUCCUCUCUUACACAUUUUUAAGACAAACAGGUCAUGACAGAAUAGUAGUACCACUGGUGGAUUAUGGAUUCAAUGAAUCAACUACAAAAUUGGAACCCAUACUUUCUUAUGGACAAGAACAUUUUUCAUCUAAUCUGUCUGUGCUACUGCAGUGGUCUCCAUAUCCGACAGAAGAAAUAAUGCUGAAGCAGUUUGAUGAUAUAGGGAAUCAUGGAACAAAGAUUGUUAUAUACAAUCUUUGGUUAAAUGACAAUGGGGAUAUGGAACUAGAUUUUGAUUUGGAUGCGGAGGUACCUUUCAUCCUUUUGCUCUUACUCCUUUCUGUUGGAUCUUUUAAGUUAUAUUUAUCAUGUAGCCUACUUGUAAGUAAUACCAUGUUGCAGGAUAUUCGUGUUAUUGCAGACCCAAAGCUGCAUCAGACUGGUUGCCGUCCAAAUCAAGUUUCUGACCAGCAUAUUGCUAACCUUUGCCAUUAUUCACUCCGUGUAUAUUCUUCCAUUUUGUACCUACGGGCACCUCAAAGCUUCAAAAUAGUUCUGCAGGGACGAGUUGUUGAACAUCAUAAUAUUGCCAAUGAUCUCAAAUUUCCUGAGUUUAUAUUGUAUAAGUCUCAUGGCGGGAACAUGGAGGCAGUUGUUACUGCUAUAGGGUUUUUGAAGGAAGCUCCACGUGGUAAACAUACAUGGGUUCAAUGUCUACCAUAAGAACUGUCUCAUAUUGCCAUUUUGGCGUGUAGUCAAGGAAACAACCAGCAGUCGUGGAAGAGGAAUUGUUGGUGUUCUUGAAGCAAAUUUUGCUGAGCCUACUCUCAAUAAGCAAGAUUUUGAGAAGACUUCCCUUUUUCAAAAGCUUGAAGCCCG